UUCAGCAAGCUUUCGGAAAAGGUAUCGAAACUUUAAUGAGGAAGCUAAGGUGUUUUAUCAAGUGGGUGUUCAUGAUCUGAGAGUAUUUAUCAAACAAAGGUGAGAGAAAUCAUCCUCCAAACUUUUUAGGAUUUUAAGGUGAGUAGGCUGUUCGGUCAUUUUACCUUGUUCAAACAUUUGAAUAAAAAAGAUGAAGUUGGUUUCAUAUCUUUGAAGCUAAUCUUUGUUUAUAAGCACUGGUGGGAGGGUAAAGAGCACCAUCAUUCCAGAGCAGAAAGCCAAAGAAGAGAUCGAACAUAAGGUAAACUACAAGAAGAAACAGAAGCUUUUUUUGGUUCAAGAAACAGGUAAUGGAAUAUCAGCAACAAUCACAAAUGUUGCGGGUGAAAAAUUCCGGCAUGCUGAGUAACAAUGGGAGCCCAGUAAUGGAAGAUAGGGAAGAGGAGAUGACGAGGUCGGUUCUGUCUGCGUUCCGUGCAAAGGAAGAAGAGAUUGAGAGGAAGAAGAUGGAGGUCAAGGACAAGGUUCAGGCUCAUUUGGGUCGCGUGGAAGAGGAAACUAAAAGGCUCGCUGAGAUUCGGGAAGAACUUCAUGCACUGGCAGAUCCAAUGAGGAAAGAAGUGUCGAUUGUGCGUAAGAAGAUUGACCUUGCAAACAGAGAGUUGAAGCCACUGGGACUGACCUGCCAGAAGAAGGAAAAAGAAUACAAAGAAGCCCUUGAAGCUUUCAAUGAAAAGAACAGGGAAAAGGCUCAACUGCUUGUGAAAUUAACGGAGAUGGUGAAUGAAAGUGAGAGAACGAGGAUGAAGAAGCUGCAGGAGCUGAGCAAGAACAUAGAUUCCCUACACUGAGACAAAACAGAGAUGAAACCAAUCCCCAAGUGUUUGUUUGUUGCUUCAAAAUCAUUUUCUUGACCUCUGCUUUUUCCCCCCCCCCCCCCCCCCCCCCCCCCCCCCCUUUUUUUUUAUGGUUUCUGUUUUCCCCUCUCGGAAACAGACACUCUAUCACCUGGUUUGUAACUAAACACAAUGCUGUUCUGACCUUUUCUCGUGACUUCUGUUUUUAACACGAGCUAUGUUUUAUAUUCCUGCUGAUUGGGAAAAUUUACAGAGCUGUCGAGUUAACAUUGUAUGUCAUAACAAGAGCCAGGAGGCAUUACUA